GUUCGGUCGUUCCUUUGAGCCCAAGCCAAAGCCCAAGGCAGCAGGCAGCAGCAGCAAGAGGAGAAGAAGAGGAGGGAGGAGGGGAAGAAGUGAGGGAGGAAGGACGGGAAGAGGCUUUCCUCCUCUCCCGCAGCAGCAGCAGCAAUAGGAUCGGAGGACGAACAGCAGAGCAGCAGCAGCAGCAGCGACAGCAGCUCGUGAUUUAUCUUCUAUCUAUCUACCUGUCUUCAGCCGUAUCAUAUCGCCUCGCCGGAUGAUAGCGAUGGAUUGAGUGGACUCCCUCCUCUCCUUGGUCGCUCGAGGUUCUCGGAGCGGAGUCAAUGCAGAAGACAAAUGUAUGAGCCGAGGACCCUGCUAUCGUACAACCCAAAUGCUUUCAAGAAAGAUAUAACGUGUCAGUUAAAUAGAGUUUGGGCAAUGCCAGGUGGUUUUGAAUUGUUAUUAUUGUCGACCAUGCAAAUCUGAAUGCAAGGCAACUUCUAGUUUUCUGAGUUUCACAUACGGCAUUCGAAAUCUUGUGCAUCAACCACAAGAGUUUCUCAAGUUUGGUCUCGGAGCUCUUACGAUCGACACAUCUGUGGGUUUAAGGAGACAAUACGAAGUUCUGGAGGGAGAUGUCAGGACGGCAGGACUAGAAGUAAUCAAUCUGGCGUGGAGGUCGUUGAGGAGGGGUGCCGGAAUUGCUGGCGGGAGGCAUUUGCCAACUAUUCUGGGCCUACUGUAUCGACCUCGUUUCGCAAUGGCGUGGAACGUUUUUAAGUUUUGCACGGGGUUGAGGGUUGUAGGGUCUGUCAUGAUCCUUGUUGUCCUGGCAGUAGUUGCGGUGUCGUACUAUGCAGUAGUUAUAUCCAACUACGGUCUGGAGGUUCUGAAAGGUGGCUCUCAAACUGCCAUCGCCUUGGUCGUGUUACUCCUCUUCCAUGGCCUGCUUGUCAUGCUUUUAUGGUGUUACUUCACAGUAGUCUUGACAGACCCUGGUGGUGUUCCUUCCAAUUGGAGGCCUAUCACUGACGAGGAGGAUAUCGAGGCCCAAUCUAUGCCUUUAGCUGCUGGGAACCCUGCUGCCGGUUCCAAUUUGCAACCAUCAGGGCCGGGUGGUGCUCAGAAAGUACGAUUUUGCAGGAAGUGCAGCCAGUUCAAACCUCCUCGUUGUCACCACUGCUCAGUCUGUGGCCGAUGUAUACUGAAGAUGGAUCACCAUUGUGUAUGGGUGGUCAAUUGCGUGGGAGCUCGUAAUUACAAAUUUUUCCUUCUUUUCCUUUUGUACACUUUCUUGGAGACGACUUUAGUGACAGCCUCACUUCUCCCACAUUUCAUUGCAUUUUUUAGCGAUGUCGACGACGAGUCCUCUCUUCCUGGAAAUCUGGCAACCACCUUCUUGGGUUUUGUAUUGAACCUGGCGUUUGCCCUGAGUGUGCUGGGAUUUCUGAUAAUGCACGUGUCUCUGGUGUCGGGAAAUACAACUACGAUUGAGGCAUAUGAAAAGAAGGCAUCUACAAGGUGGAGAUUCGAUCUUGGUCGCAGGAGGAAUUUUGAGCAGGUUUUUGGAUCAAGAAAGUUGUACUGGAUACUUCCUUUGUACGCGGAAGAAGACUUGAGAAAGAUGCAGGUUCUUCACGGGCUGGAUUACCCCACCAGGUCUGACCUUUCUGAAAGCCAAGAGUUCUAAAUACAAAAGAAAUCUUUCUCCGUCGUGCAAAAUUAGAGGAGUGACGGGUCCAACAGAGAGCCUUGAGAUACUUGCAUUCUUUUUUCAGAUACUGAAUAAGAAAAAUCAGCUAGAAAUGGUGUUCAAAACCCUUUGUUUGGAGAGUCCCGCAUGCAAUCUUGCAUAUAAUUGUAUGGUUAUGUCGGUACGAAUUCACUAUCCGUGUGCUUAAGAGAUAACUAUGCGGCUUAAUGCAGAAAAGAUGUCCACUUUUUUGUUUCUCUUAUCCUUCCAAAGGCAGCCGCGUGGGUGCCAGUCGAAAUGCUCAGCCAAGCUAUUAUCUUGCUUAUGUCUAUCCUUGAUGGCUGUCUGUGAUAAAGUCUAUGUACAAAGUCUCUACAUAUUUUUUCCUGAGUAUAGCCGUCAUCCAAUACCACCGUAGAAAUCGAACAAGCCAAGUAUGUUCAUACAUGUCUUCUUCUGCCAGAUUUUUCUAUGCUCUUCAUGCCCUCGGUGAAUCAAAAAGGCACGAUGACUCUGAAGGUUCAGGUCAAGAAACGUGUUUGGCACCGAAGGAAGAAGACAUAUUUAAGAGCUUGACGGGUUUUUAGUAACCCGCCUCAGUAAAAUAUUUUCCCCGUGGAUUCAAUGGCCAUUCUGAUGUAGAAGUGGCACCCCAGUUGAAUGAAAUUUGAA